AUGAACAGCCCAGGAAGUCAUAAUCACUCCGCCCCUGUGAAUAGAUUCGUUCUUCUUGGAUUUCCUUGUACCGGGGAGAUUCAGAUCCUCCUUUUCUCCCUCUUCUCGAUGAUCUAUGUGCUGACCCUAAUGGGAAACCUGUGCAUCAUCUGUGCUGUGUGGUGGAACCAGCACCUCCAUACCCCCAUGUACAUCCUGCUGGCCAAUUUUUCCUUCCUGGAGAUCUGGUACGUCACUUCUACUGUCCCCAAUAUGCUAGUUAACUUUCUCUCAGAGACCAACACCAUCUCUUUCUCUGGCUGCUUCCUACAGUUCUACUUCUUCUUCUCCAUGGGCACCACGGAGACUUUCUUCUUGUCUGCGAUGGCCUUUGACAGGUACCUUGCCAUCUGCAGGCCCCUGCACUACCCCAUCAUCAUGACAGUUCGACGUUGCCACAGAAUGGGAGCCUGUUGCUGGCUGUGUGGCUUCUCUUCAUUCCUCCUUCCAGUUUAUCUGAUCUCCAGGCUUCCUUUUUGUGGCCCCAAUAUCAUUGAUCACUUUUUAUGUGACCCUGGGCCCCUUCUGAAGUUGUCCUGUGUGCCAGCUACUUCCACUGAAACCAUCUGUGCCAUAUUUAGCUCAGUCCUAAUUUUCUCUACCUUCCUCUUCAUUACCAGCUCCUAUGCCCUUGUGAUCAGGGCUGUGCUCAAGGUCCCCUCUGCUGAAGGCCGGAAAAAGGCUUUCUCUACAUGUGGCUCCCAUCUGGCCGUGGUGUGCCUGUUCUAUGGCUCCAUCAUGGUGAUGUAUGUGAGUCCCACUGCAGGCAACCCAGCUGGGAUCCAGAAAAUUGUGACUUUAUUUUAUUCUGUGUUGACUCCACUUUUCAAUCCCUUGAUCUACAGCCUCCGUAAUAAGGAAGUAAAAGAGGCUCUGAGCAAGCUGUUCAGGACUGCAAGAUGUGAUCAAAGACAGUCUCUCAAAAACUAG